AAUAUCCUAGAAAUGUAACCUCAAGUUUCCUCUCUUAAAUAAAAUUGGUGAACCUUUCAAAAAAAAAAUAAAAAAAAAAUCAGUUCGUCCCUUCGGAGACAUCCGUUAAAAUUGGAACGAUACAGAGAAGAUCAGCAUGGCCCUUGUGCAAGGAUGACACACACAAAUCGAGAAAUGGUCCAAAUUUUUUUUGUUUCCGUUUUCUCAUCACCCUAAUAAACCCCUAAUUUCCUUUUCUUCUGGUUCUGUAAACUGAUCGCUGAGCUUUGCUCUAAAUCUCGCCAUUUUCUUCAGGUUGUUAGGAGACUUGCAAACGGUCCAACAUUUGCUAAGGAUCUGAGGUAACUUCAGUUUGAAGCUGAUUUGAAUACACUUCUCCUUUACACCAGAUUUUGAGAAGAAAAUAAAAUGCUGCAAGGUGGACGUAUCAAGCUUAAAGGGUGGCAGCAAGCGGCUGUUGCUGUUGGCUCAGCAUUUGGUGCACUAAUGGAUCCAAGGCGGGGGGAUUUGAUAGCAGCUUUAGGGGAGACUACUGGAAAACCAGCAUUCGAAAGAGUUUUAGAGAGGAUGAAAAACAACCCAGAAGGCAGAGCUAUGUUGUUGGAGCGUCCACGUGUAAUAUCUGCUAACGUGGGCCAUGCAUGGGACCUACCAGAAAACACAUUUGGUGCAGCUUACGCGAGAUUUAUGGGAUCAAGAAACUUCUCUCCUGAUGACCGUCCACCAGUGCGCUUCAUGGAGACUGAGGAACUUGCAUAUGUGGCAAUGCGAGCACGUGAGGUGCAUGAUUUCUGGCAUACCCUAUUUGAUCUCCCAACCAACUUAAUCGGUGAAUCUGCACUCAAGGUCAUUGAAUUCAGGCAGAUGUAUCUACCGAUGUGCCUGUUGUCAGUUAUUGGUGGCACGGCUAGGUUUAACGAGAAGCAAAGGGCUCUGUUCUUCAAACACUAUUUGCCAUGGGCAACACGAGCUGGUAUGGAGUGUACAGAUCUUAUGUGCAUCUACUAUGAACAGCAUUUCCAUGAGGAUUUAGACGUUGUUCGUAAAAGAUGGGGAAUAACUCCUGCUCCUGCCCCUCCCAAAUAGAACCCAGUCUGAUCCUCCACAAGUUGAUUUCAGAACACUUUUUCUGAAGACUUGGAAUUGAGUUCAUGCAUGCAGGUUAGACGGAUGGAGUUAUGACUUCUUUGCUAAUUGAUGCUACACUGUAAAUGCCAAUGUUUCUUAUAUGAAUAUUUUAGCUGAACCAUAGUGAAUUUGCAAGUCUGUCUUUCUGUCUCAUUUUUAUUUUUGAUUAUUGUUUUUUGCAA